AUGGUGUCAUCGCCUAAACUCGUGAUCACACAGCUUUUCCUCCCAACUCAUCUGACUGCCUCAAAUGCUCUCAGAAGCGCUCUGCCAUACCUAUAUCGUCGCUCCCAUUGGUCGCAAGCCAUCCAGCAGAAUCAGCUGGGUCCAAAGCCCUUUCCCUUAAUCUUCGCCGCAUUGGUGACAGCCCUCAGACCACGCGCAAACGGUCUCGCUCCCACUGUCGACCCCACCCGUAUCUCCAUCAACCCCAACGGCGGCGGCACUUAUCCGCGCCUCGCACAACUGGCAGAUGGCAGCGUUUUGGGCGCGGUAACGGCCUUCAGCGGGUCCACACACAUCCUGACCGUUACCCGCUCCACCGACGGGGCGAGGACAUUCGCGGCGUGGGGCACAGUUGCGACGGGGACCGGGGACUUGGACAACAUGCAUUUGAAGCAGCUGCCUAACGGCGACGUGCUUGCGACGUUCAGAAACCACGACAAGAAUGCGGCAGGGGCUUACACUUUCUAUCGGAUAACCGCGUGCAUCUCGCACGACAACGGCAAGACGUGGGCAUUCUUGUCGCAGGUGGACCAGAGGACGCCCACAACUGCUAAUAACGGGCUUUGGGAACCAUUCAUCCGCGUUUCAAAGAGCGGGGCAAUUCAAGUCUACUACGCUGCCGAAAACAGCGCUUCCGACCAGGACAUCCUCAUGCGGUCAUCCACGAACAACGGGGCGACCUGGUCUGCUGCGACGACGGUUGCUGGUGGGGGCACCACUGGGCGGGAUGGAAUGCCUGGCUGCACGGAUUUAACCGCCUCAGGCGGCUCCGCGCGGGUUUUGUGCAUAUUCGAGACGACGGAAGGGACAGCACCGCUGUUCACCGUCAAGUCUGUCGUCAGCAGCAACGACGGAGCCUCAUUCUCGGGGAGAACACAGGUCUAUGCGCCAGCUGGCCACAACGCCGGCGCCCCUCAAAUCGUGACGACGUCUGCGGGGAUCCUGGUCGCAUCGUUCAUGACCGACGAGGAGCAUUCGGGGAGCAGCGCUUGGCCACAAGGGGCUUCAAUGAAGAUCCUUACCUCCGACUCUUCGUUGGCCUGGGGUCAGAAGACGACAGUGCUGCCGAUCUCCUCUCUGUGGCCUGGUCUUUAUAGUCGCUUGGAUGGCUCUGCGACUGUGGUCGGCUGUGCGGACAACGGCGGCGCGACUUGUCGCUCGAUUUCAUUUGCUUGA